UGAGGAUCUAGAGUCGGCAGACCGUCAACAUCGCGUCAUCUUGUGACCCAAAACACACGUACUAUCAGAAAAAGAACUAAAAAAAAAGAAAACCAAGCAAAUCGAGUAGUCAAACCAAUAGCAUUAAACAUGGACAAGGUGCUCGCAAAACCGGCCGACCUGUGCUGCAUCCAGGGCUCCAUCCACACCGGAGAGGCGACCGGGACAAUCGAGCAGAUUGAGGGCGUCGACACAUACGUCGCGAGGCCUCUCCCCGACAAGGCCAACGGUAAUGUGCUCCUAUACUUUCCGGAUGUGUUUGGCUUUCACAUCAAGAGCUUCCUGAUGAUGGACGCCUUUGCCAAGUGCGGGUACCUUACGCUCGGCGUGGACUAUUUUCUGGGGGAUGGUGUAGGAAAAUACUCGGCGACACCGUCGAACGACCCGAAUUUUGAUUUCAAGGCUUGGAUCGACAAACACUUGAUUGCUUCUGAUGAGAUUGCCAAGAAAUGGGUCCAGGACGUCAAGGCAAAAUAUGGGACGAGUGAGAGCGUCAAAUUUGCCUGCGUGGGAUACUGUUGGGGCGCCCGAUUCGUCGCCAGGCAGCUGUCUGUCGAGGGGAUAUGCAAAGUUGGAGCAGUCGCACACCCUUCGUUCCUCAAAGAGAGUGACGUGUUUGGAGUCAAAGAGCCCUUCUUCUUCUCGGUUGCCAACGUCGACAAACUCUUUGAGCCAAAGGAACGGAACAGGACGAUCGAGAUUCUGACAGAGGGUGGCAAGCACUUCAACAUGCAGAUCUUUGGGAAUGUAGGCCAUGGGUUUGCGACACGACUGGGCGCCACCGACCCUUACGAGAGGUGGGCGAAGGAGGAAAGCUUCAAGAGCUUUGUGAAUUGGUUUGACUUUUGGCUCUCGCCCAAGUAGAACAUGUUUGCGAGAACUUGCACUGCUAGUGAAGCAAGCAAGUUUGGAAUGAAUUGGGUAUAUUGGUGGGAGUGGUCCUAGAAUUAUAAGCACACCCGGAAAUGGUUUCUGACUCUGAAUGCCUGGAAUAACUGGAACUAUAAAGCGAGCCAUGUAGAUGCGAAUGAAAGCCGGGUAAAGCAAAUAUAGAUGCAUGUACACGUAUUUCAAUUUA